GGAAGUUACUGAUCAGUUCAAAGGUUACACUGAUAUGACUGAUUUGUUCUUCCGAGAGAGCGUUUAUUAUAAUUAGCGUAGUAGAAAUUCGCGUUAGUUAAAUCGAGGUGCCAGUGUCGAGAAGUAGUAGUCUAAUUCGGAUAUGUUGCGAACUGCGAACAGAAUCUCUUUGCGUCCAAGGACACCUGUGUCAGGUAAUCUUCUGACUUGCAGGCGGUAUAAAGUGGACGUGAAGUUGCCGCAAAGCGCGGAUGUGGUGAUUAUCGGAGGAGGAUCAGCGGGAUGUCAUAUACUAUAUCAUCUUUCGAAGCGCGGAGUAAAAGCCGUCCUGCUCGAACGUGCCAAAGUCACUUCCGGUACUACAUGGCACACGUCAGGCUUAAUCUGGCAACUUCGUCCCAACGAUGUUGAAGUGGAGCUCUUGGCCAGUUCCAGGCGAACAAUAAUGGGGCUGGAGGCAGAAACAGGGUUAGAUCCAGGUUGGAUUCAGAACGGGGGCAUCUUCUUGGCUCAUUCCGAAGUACGCAUGAACGAGUAUAAACGGCUUGCAUCUCUUGGCAGUGCUUACGGAAUCGAAUCGCAUAUUUUAACGCCCCCCGAAACAAAGAAAUAUUUUCCCCUCCUAAAUGAAAAUGCAUUCACUGGUGCCUUAUAUGCCCCAGGAGAUGGAGUCAUAGACCCGGCUAUGUUAUGUGCGGCGCUAACUAAAGCAGGAACGAGCAAUGGAGGAAGAGUGAUCGAAAACUGUCCUGUGACAGAUAUUUUAACUGAUGAGUGCCCCUUAGUGGGAAAAAAGGUUACAGGUGUCAGUACUCCUUAUGGUGUUGUAAAAACGAAUUGUGUGGUGAACGCUACUGGUGUAUGGGGACAACGUCUGGCAGAAAAGUUCGGGACAAAGCUUCCACUGGUUCCCAUGCGGCAUGCUUACAUUAUUACGGAAUCUGCCAAAGGAGUUCGCGGACUUCCCAAUAUUCGGGACCAUGAUCAUUCAAUUUAUUUCCGGAUACAAGGUGAUGCCAUUCAGAUGGGAGGCUAUGAACACAAUCCAAUUUUGUUGGAAAAGGUUCCUAAGAAUUUUCAAUUUAGCUUGUAUGAUUUGGACUGGUCAGUGUUUGAUGCCCAUGUGAAAGGAGCUGUAGAUAUCUGUCCAGUGUUCGGUAAUUUGGGUAUCAAGACUACAGUGUGCGGGCCUGAAUCCUUCACUCCGGAUCACAAACCAUUGAUGGGCCCUGAUCCCAAUGCCCAUGGGUUGUUCCACCAUUGUGGUUUCAAUUCAGCAGGCAUGAUGUUGGGAGGAGGAUGUGCAGAACAAACAGCACUAUGGAUAAUCCAAGGUCGCCCUGAACGUCACAUGUUUAAUUACAAUCUUUGUCGCUUCAGUCCAAAACAGACAAAUAACUCAAAAUGGGUUUUGGAAAGAAGCCAUGAAAGCUACGCCAAGAAUUAUAGUACUGUUUUUCCUAACGAUCAACCUUUAGCUAGCCGUAAUUUACAAACUGAUCCCCUACAUCAAGAGCUGAUUGAACAAGGCGCCAUAAUGGACGAGAAGCAAGGUUGGGAGCGCCCGUCAUAUUUCAUAAGUGGCGUAAAAGCACAGAUUCCUCCGUACGACUGGUAUGGAGCGUAUGGAUAUAAGAAAAAUGAAAAUUCAGAAUAUUUACAAGCGAUGGAGGGUGACUUGGACUUCGGAUUUUCCAAGCACCACGAUUUGAUAGGAAAGGAAGCGCUGGCCUGUCGGAAUAAUGUUGUCGUCUUCGACAUGUCCUAUUUCAACAAAAUGUAUUUGGAGGGACCUGAAGCCGAUCAAGCAGCAAAUUGGUUGUUUACAGCUAAAACAAAUCGGCAAGUCGGCAAGAUUUCGUACACAUGCAUGUUGAACAGUCAUGGUGGAGUGGAAGGUGAUGUGACCGUCCACAAAAUAUCUUCAGGAAGCGGCCAAAUACAUGAUCCCAAAAUGGGUGGUACGGGAUAUUACAUCGUAAGCGGUGGAGCAUCUGCAUAUUACUGUUUUACGAAUGCUGAUGCUGAGCUCAAAGCAAAGGGAUUCAAAGCGACGUUGAAGGACGUUACAUCCGAAAUGGGUAUAAUAUCAAUUCAGGGGCGUAAAAGUAGAGACAUUUUGCAGACGAUUGUGGAUAUAGACUUAUCAGAUAAGUCACUGCCGCCUUAUUCCGCGACUCUGGCUAAUAUUCUGACGAAUGGUGGCUCUUUGAAACGAAGCGUACGUGUGAUGCGAGUCAGUUUUGUCGGUGAACUAGGUUACGAGUUGCACAUUCCAAACGCUAAUUGUGUGGAUGUUUACAAGGCACUUAUGGAAGCUGGUAAAGCUGAUGAUAUCAGGAAUGCAGGAUAUCGUGCUUUGUAUUCUUUGAGUAGUGAAAAGGGAUAUCAUCUAUGGGGAUUUGAUCUUCGUUCAGACGACACUCCCGUAGAGGCUAACUUAACACAUACUUGCCGGAAGGAAGGAGAAUAUAAUGGAAAGAAAGUUGUUGAUCGUCAGUUGAGGCUAGGAACAAACAAGAAGCUGGUAUAUUUAACAUUAAAAGAACAAGUUCCUGUUUGGGGUCUUGAGAGCGUUUAUCGUAAUGGAGAAUUGGUGGGUCAUCUUAGACGAGGCGAUUAUGCUUAUUCGCUAAACCGGCCGGUCGGGCAAGCUUUCCUCAUUCGAAAAGACGGAAAAUUAAUCGAUGACGAUUUUAUCAAAUCGGGAAACUACAAAGUUAAUGUGAUGGGCAAACUUUAUGAUGCUGAAUGUUUUGUUAGUAGUCCAUUCGAUCCGGAAAGCAAAAGGAUUCUAGGAAUAUAUUAAUUUAUUAGAAAUAAUAAGUUAUGCGAUACGGAAUGUCACGCGGUGAAAACAUCUGAAAUUGGCUAUACAUAUACCGAUUGUUGUCCAAUGCAAAUAUAUAUAUAAUACAUUUGAUAGCGCACAAGUUGCAGUAAAUA